AUGGCUCCGAAGAUUUCCCAACACCAACUCCUCCAAGAGUUGCAAGACAACAAUGAGUUCUUUGAUAAUCUGGUGGACAUCAUCCCUGCUAAGCUGUACGUCGCUGGAAACUCUGGCGACGAUUACAAUCCCAAAUACUACAAGGGUCAGGCAAAGGAGUCCAAAGAGGCGCGACGAGCCCAAAACAAGCAAGCGAAACGUGCCAAAUUGGACCCUUCUCGUUCUGAGUCAACGACUCAACUUAAGAACCGUCUCGAAGGCGGUCGCUCUGUCUUGCCUGCGACCCCUGAAAGUGCCGCAACAAAACCUAUAAACAAGAACAAGAAGAGCCAAAAGAACGAUGAGGACGUCACCAGUGCCCCUCCACCUGCUUCCGCGGAUCCCUCCAAAAUGGACAAUUCCUCUCGCAUUGAAGCUUUACGGGCGAAACUGCACGCCAAGUUGGCGGAGAAACGAGGCCAACGGCCAUCGGAUCCCAAUGUUGUUAGUAAACGUGCUGCUCGUCGAGCCGAAAAGGCAAAACGGAAAGAAGAAGCCAAGGCACGCAAAAAGUCAUCUACCUCCAAGGCAGAAAACUCCUCCAAGACCAAGGGAUACAGUGUCCAAGACAGCAUCAAGAGUGCUGCAGCUGUUGCCGAAGAUCUGGCUCGUUUGGACUAUGGACGCUUGGCUGGAUUGAACACCAACCCGUCCGACAACUACUCCAAGGUCAACAAGUCGUUGGCGAAUAUGAACAAGACCAAGAACUUGCAAAAACUUUUGGCAGAUGCCGAAGCGAAGAAGACUCGGUUGGAAGAGUUGAAGAAGGGCAACACGGAAGAAAAACAAAAGGCAGAAAACAUAGUUUGGGGAGAUACCCUCAAGGAAGCGACUGGAGAACGUGUCAAGGACGAUCCCGCCAAACUCCGAAAGGCUCUCAAGAAAAGAGAUGCGAAGAAGAAAAAGUCCAGCAAGGCCUGGAAAUCUCGAAUGGACCAAACCAAGGAAAAGAUGGACGAGCGCCAAAAGAUUCGCAAUCACAACUUGUCCAAGCGCAAGUUGGGCGGUUCAUCAGGUGCCAAUUUGAGCUCGAAACGAAUUGCUACCGAAGAGGAGGGAAAGAAAUCAAGGGCUGGAUUCGAAGGACGCAAACAGGGAUUCUUGAACAGUAGUUCCAAGAAGGAUCAACAGUAG